CUCAUUUCGCACUCCGCAGCAGCGCACACACACAGCCUAGUGCGAACUCCCACUGCCGCCGCCGCCGCCGCCGCCCGCAGCCCGCACCGACGCCGGAAGAUGGCCUUGCCGGCUAUCCCCGACGAGCUCUUGGUAGAAAUCCUCCUCCGCCUUCCCACCCCAGAGGACCUCAUCCGCGCCUCCGCCGCCUGCGUCUCCUUCCGCCGCCUCGUCGCCGACCGCGCCUUCCUCCGGCGCUUCCGCAAGCUCCACCCCGCGCCCCUCCUCGGCUUCCUCGACUACAAAGGAUUCCACCCCGCCGUACCGCCUCACCCCUCCGCGCGGGCGGCCAGCGCCGUCGCCAGCGCCGCCGACUUCGACUUCACCUUCCUCCCCGCCCCCUACUGGGGCUGGACCGUGCGGGAAGUCCGCGACGGCCGCGUCCUCCUCGACAGACCCUGCCGUCACGACGAGUUCGGACCCCUCUUCAAGGAGAUGGUGGUGUGCGACCCCCUGCACCGGCGGUACCUCCUGCUCCCCCCAAUCCCCGAUGACCUAGCCGCUCCGGCUGUGUGCCAAAUCCUGAUAGAAAGGGAUUGCUUCGCCGACUGCUUCCUCGCCCCUUCCGGCGACGAGGAGGAGGCAGAAGCUAUGGAGGAGGAGACUUCAUUCAGAGUUUUCUGGCUGGUGCUGCUCCAAACUAAACGGGCGGUACUUGCCUUCUCUUCCUCCACAGGGCAAUGGCGAGCCAUUACAUCCCUGACUUGCAGCUUACCUGGCUUUGUCUUGUCUACAUGGACGCUUUUGUCCGUGUCGCGCCAUUACGCGCAUGGCUGCUUCUACUGGAUUUCAGGUUUGAGUGAAAAGUUGCUCGUGCUUGACAUCCGGAGGAUGGAGUUCUCCAUGCCUGACCACCCACCAUGUGUCAGAGUUUUGAGGGGUGAUGUAGCCAUCGUGGAGGCAGGCCAAGGCGUGACUGUGAUGUUUGUUCCUAAACCUGACACAUCUCGGCGUGUUUAUACUGUUUGGCGAAACAAUGGUUGGAGUUCCACCCAGUGGCAGAUGGAGAAUGAGGCAUUUUCGCUGGAUUCUGGGUCCUUUAUGAUAGGUGCAGUGGGGAGGCACUUGCUCCUACAUUAUGGCAUGAUCUCAUCGGUCAAGACAGGUUGUUACACGCGGGAUGUCAACACACUCCAGCUUGCGAGGGUGUGUGAUUCAUGUCCCCACCAGUCAGAAGCAUAUUGCAACUUCCCACGAUCGUUAUUAUCGUCACCGACAGUGUCAAGUGGCCCCGAAACGGUAUCAUGAACAUCUGGCCAUCCACUGGAGAUCUAAGGGCUCGAGUCAUUAAGUGAACUCAUCCCUGACUUCCACUUAUUGCUUCGCGUCACCUCUCUUCACCUGGAGUGCUUGGAGAUGAUCCAACAGCUACAGUUCAAACUACCAGAUGAGCACUAUAUACUGACCAACAAAACCUGUUUUAGACUGAAUCCUCUCUUACUUUUACCAAAGUGACUAUAAUAGUGGAUUCUUAUAUGAUUAUAUUAGCGUAAAUUAUAAAUGUUUUUCAUGAAAAAACUAUUAAUAUUACUUCUUUCAAUCAUAUAUUUUUAAUGAAGGCUUUUCCAGAGAAACUAAAUAGAGGUUGUUAGUACUAUCAUGGGAUGGUAAUUAUGGACAGAUGAAUGGAUUGUGUAGUACUUUGUGUUAUGUACAGUACAUAUGGAACAAUAUCUUCUGCCAUGCCUUUAACCCUUGUUGUGAUAUUCAUUGUGCGCUUUUGGUCCAUUACAUCUGAAAACCCCUUCACUUGGCCACACUGCACUUUUCUGCUCUAUCCCCGCUACAAUCCUGUCAUCCUGUCCUGCAUAAGUGAAGCCCUUUCCAAAGCCAUCAAGUGAAUCCAUCCAACCUGCGACCAUCAAGUCAACCCAUCCAAUCUGCGGAACUUUGCUGUCUGAAUUAAUGCACUUAUCUCAGAGAAUUACUCGCUAUGGAUCUGAAUUUUGGCAUUUUUUUCUGCACACCAUUUUGUUUCUUUUGAAUACCAAAUUGUUUCCGGUUCACACCUAUAUCUAUGUCCUGUUCUCCUUCACAUGACAUCUAUCUCCUAUAGUAAGUUACUAAAUUUCCACCCACGAAAACAGAUUCACCUAUAGUGAUUUACAGCAUUACUUUCUUCUGCCAUGCCUGUCAAAAUUCCAGCUUUGUUUGGCUACAUGUAGACACAACCUUUUACUUUUCUCCCUGUUUGCAGUGCACUUUUGUGAUUCAUGUUUCAUUAGUCUAUCAAAUCGACUCCUUUUUGGUACUGAACUCCAAUUAUUUUACAACUAAGCCUUUGUUUAGUCUACUGGUGCAAUUGAACCUACAACCUAGGAGCCUCUGGCAGAUCGCUAUUGGUGCUUUCUACUGCCUCCGUUCCUAAAUAUAAGUCUUUGUAGAGAUUUUAAUAUGGACUACAUACGGAGCAAAAUGAGUGAAUCUACACUCUAAACUACGUCUAUAUACAUCCGUAUGUAGUUCAUAUUGAAAUCUCUAAAAAGACUUAUAUUUAGGAACGGAGGGAGUAUGUGCCAAUGCUAUUUAUUUUCUUUAAUCACCUUCCUCUCCUUUAUGUAUGUGCUUCCGUCUCAUCCAUGCCCUUCCUUUG